UCCUUUCAAAGAGCUAUUUGUAAACGGCCGCUCGUUCACGAACGACCCACGCUCCGUGGAAGAGAAGAGAAGAGACGCGAGGAGUGCGUGGACCUGCUCAGUCACACAACUGUCAUUGAGCAAAUAAACACCGCCGCCUUCUGUGGAUUGUUCUCUUGGAGGGAAGCUGUUUGGAGACGGAAAAAGGGAGUUUGGGGUCCACGGCUGGCCAAGAAUAUCUCAGAGGGAGCCUACGUUGUUGUGUAUGCAUGGAGUCCGCCCGGAGGAAGCUGAGGUACAGGCCGUCCCUCCAAACCAGCAUCUCUUGCAAACACAAGGGUGUGCCCGAAACAGCAUAGGCCUUCCUUUCAAGGAGCCUGGAGCUCUGUGAGGAGCGAGAAGGAAGUGAGGAAAGGAAAAAUAAAAACACGGAUCCUUUUGAUGAAUUCUACCAAAACCUGAAUGUCAAACAGAGGCUGCCGGUCCAGAGGAGACACGUGGACAAUGAGUAUGGCCUUUCUCCGCCUCCAAGUCUUGACUCUUCUACUUGUUAUUUCUCUCCGUUCGGCGGCUGCUGAGCAUGACGUCACUCCACGCCUCACCUUCUCUUACGAUGCGGAGGAGAGGACAUCCAGGCGUUUCUCAGUGGGCGGGGUCUUCAACUUCACGUCUCUCCUGCUCAGUAAAGAAGAUGACACGCUGUACGUCGGCGCUCGAGAGGUUCUGUUUGCGCUCAACCUCUCGGACAUCAGUGCGGCAAAACUGCAAAGAAACCUCACAUGGAAAACUCCAGAGAGGAAGCGAGGCGAGUGCAGUUUUAAAGGAAAAGACCUGCAAACCGACUGCUUCAACUACAUCAAGAUCUUAUUGAGCGUGAACAGCACUCAUCUUUACGUGUGCGGAACGUACGCCUUCAGCCCCAUCUGUGCUUACGUCAACACUGCCAACUUCUCCCUCGUCACGACCGACACUGGCGAGAUUGUGACCGAGGACGGACGGAGCCGUUGCCCCUUCAACCCCGAGUACAAGUCCACCGCCAUCAUGGCUGAUGGAGAGCUGUACGCUGGCACAGUCAGCAAUUUCCAGGGGAACGAACCCAUCAUUUAUAAGAGUCUCAGCCAAGGAAUGGCUCUCAAAACAGAAAAUUCCCUUAACUGGCUUCAAGACCCGGCUUUUGUUGGCUCCGCCUACAUCCAGGAAAGCUUGCCCAAGGGCAACCCGGUGGGCGACGACGAUAAGAUUUAUUUCUUCUUCAGCGAGGCGGGAAAGGAGUUUGAUUUCUUUGACAACACCAUCGUGUCGCGCAUUGCUCGCGUGUGCAAGGGAGACAUGGGAGGCGAAAGGGUCCUGCAGAAAAAGUGGACAACGUUUCUAAAAGCUCAACUUCUGUGCUCACUGCCUGAUGACGGAUUCCCGUUUAACAUCAUCCAGGACAUGUUUGUGCUGACACCCAGCCCAGGGGACUGGAAGAAGACUGUGUUCUAUGGAGUCUUUACCUCUCAGUGGUACAACGGUGCGUCAGGAAGCUCCGCCGUGUGUUCCUUUACCAUGGAGCAGGUAGAAAAGGCCUUCAGCGGCCGAUACCGCGAGGUCAACAGAGAAACCCAGCAGUGGUACGCUUACAACCAUCCCGUCCCCGAACCUCGACCUGGAGCGUGUAUCACAAAUGGGGCCCGGAGCCAGGGCGUCCCGUCAUCACUUCACAUGCCAGACAAGGUGUUGAAUUUUGUCAAAGAUCACUUCCUCAUGGACAGCGUGCUUCGCAGCCAGCCUCUGCUGCUCAAACGCCACGUUCGCUACACGCAGAUUGCAGUGCAUCAAGUGCGGGCAGAGCACAAGGCCUACCAUGUGCUUUUCAUCGGGACAGAUGACGGCAGACUCCACAAAGCCAUGAGUGUGAAGAACAAGAUGCACAUCAUCGAGGAGAUGGUGCUAUUCCAUGACUCCCGGCCCGUGCAGCACAUAGAGCUCGACGCCGAAGAGGGUCGGCUCUAUGUUUCCACUUUCUCUGAACUGAUGGAGGUCCCAGUAGCUAACUGCACUAAUUACCAGAGCUGCGGGGAGUGCAUCCUCUCCAGGGACCCUUACUGCGCCUGGAAUGGCAGGCAGUGCGUGGAUGUCAGACGGGCUUCACCAAGCAACGUGUUGCAGCAGGAUGUGGACAAUGCAGACGCAGCAGCUAUUUGCAACAGGACGGUGGCCAGCGCACGCUUUGCUAAAUCUGCACACGCGCGAACGUCGACAUGCCAGUUGAUCACUAUUCCCGCCAACACCUUCCAAGUGUUGCCUUGCGAGCUGCGUUCCAAUCUGGCGGAGAGGGCGUGGGUGUUCAGCGAGAGCUCGGGUCACUUUCACUACCCGAGUCCGGACGGGGGUCUGGUGGUGGUGGCCCAGGCCGACCGACGAGAGACCUACGAGUGCUGGUCCGUGGAGGAAGGCUUCCGACAGCUGCUGGCCAACUACUGCGUGAGGGGCGAGGCCAAGCGCGAGAACAGCACCCAGACGGGCCGCACGCGGGCGCCGGCCGCGCCGCAGGAAGAGUUCGUCAUCCUGCCCGGUGAGGCUCGCUCCCCGCAGAUCAACGCCAAGACCUACUGGAACGAGCUCAUCGUGGUCUGUGCCCUCUUGGCCUUCUCCCUGCUGGUCUUCUCCCUGUUCGUGGUCUACCGGCACCGCGACCACAUGAAGUCCAUGCUCAAGGAAGGCGAGUGCCCCAACAUGCAGCAGAAGAAGCCCAGGACGGCGGCGAAGCCCGUGGAGAACUUGCCGCUCAACGGCAACGCGGCGGCCGCCACCGUGACGGACCACAAGGGCUACCAGACACUCCACGACAACUACAUCUGCGGCACGCCGUCGCACGAGUGCCCGUCGCCUGACAACGGCAAGAGCUUCUCCGAGGCGGAGAAGAGGCCUCAGGACUUGCAGGAUAGCCGAGUGGAGAUCUCGUCCACCAGCCCACGGCCUCGGGUCAGACUGGGAUCGGAGAUAAAAGACUCGGUGGUGUAAAGACUGCUCGGGACUACUUGGAGUGAAUGAACACAAGCGAGCGAGCGCCUGCUGAAGUACUCAAUGGAAAAAAGGAGAGUGGGGGUUGGGGGGACAUUUCAUCACAUGACGUUUGCACUUUGUCCUCACUCGUGCUGUUCCCGUGGUUCAUGGACAUUUCUUUCGAUGCUUUCAAAGCGCACUGAUCGCCUUCAGACAUUUUGGUGCUUUCACGAUACAACAGAAUGUAAGUCGUGCUUGCAAAGACUCCCGCCAUGGCCAAGUUUUUCCACACAUGAUGCGGCCCAUGAGCCAUACUACUGUACUGCCCGUGAGAGCACUUGGUCAUACCUGCCAUGCGUUUCUACAAAGAAAUCAACCCCACUAAUCAUGUGUUCCGUAUUCAUCUGACUCUAUUUUUAAAAAAUCAGUUUUGUGGAAAAAUUAGUCACUAUUCCUUAAGUUCCCCAAUUCUGGAUUUAGGAGCUCUCUUAGACUUUUAUAGCGCGGCCUCUCAGUCCGUCCUUAUCACUUUGAAGAGAGGUAUUUAAACCAGCCAAUAGGAGCCUAGCAAUCACUGAGGCUAUGCACUAUCUACUGUACUGUAGCAAGGUCAACACAAAGCACAUCAUUUAACCCAGGGGUGUCAAACUCAUUUUAGAUCGGGGCCACGUGGAGAGAAAUACACUCCCAAGUGGGCCGGACUGGUAAAAUCACGGCACGAUAACUUAGAAAUAAAGACAACUGCAGAUUGUUUUCUUUGUUUAAAAAUAGAACGAGCACAUUCUAAAAUUGUACACAUUAUAAAGUUGUUGGGUUUUUUUUACACUUACAUGUUGCAGUUAAUAGUAUUCAAAUUUAUAUUUUCUGAAUAAAUUAUGAGAUAAUGUUCACCAGUCAACUCAUUGGUGUUCAUUUUCAAUCUAUCAAGAUUAAAAAAACAUAUCAAAAUCAAAUUACAGGAUGUUAUUUAUGUAGUGUGAUCAUUUUCCUCGACUUAUGUACUAACAUCGUGUGGUUUAUUUUGUACAUAUGUAGCAUCAUCUACAAAGAUACAAAUAAUUGCUAUUGCGACAUCCAGUGGACACAUUAAGAACAGCUGUUUCUUUCAUACAAAAAUUUCAGGUUAAUAUUUAUACUUAGCAAACUCAUCCCCCGGGCCGGAUAAAACCUAUUCGCGGGCCUGAUCUGGCCCUCGGGCCGUACGUUUGACACCCCUGAUUUAACCAUAUAGCAACAGGAAGCACAACAGUAAAAAGUACUUUCUUUCUUCUCUUCCUUUUUUUCCAUUUACUUCAGGCAAUUACACCGUAAAGUACAAGAUGGAUGACACAUAAUAAUAUUACGUCAUAUAGUGCAAACAUGAAUAUACAGUAUGUAAUCAUGACAAUAAAGUUCUGCCUGGUAGGAAGUGGGAAGAACAUAACAUUUUGAAUCCAACCCAGUUCCCCAUUCGGCGAUGAACACAUUGAGAAUCACUGUUACUUUGUAUAAGGAUUAUUAUACAAAUGCUAUAUCACGGUGGCGUUACCACACGUAAAAAAAAAUAUCAAUACAUUGUUACAACAAUUUAUACCAACAGUGUAAGAGGAAUAAACAGGAAACAUUGAGCACAGUUUAACAAUACGUGACAGAGUACAGCUAUUCAAUAUGACGAUUGCAGUGCAAAUACUACAAGUCCCUAACAAAUAAGGUGUACAAUACAUGAAAACAAGAGGGACACGGAAAAGGACAAAGAUCACAGAUCUGAUGCAACCAGCUGCCACUUCAUCGGAGCUAUCUAUACACACAGCUACAAAAGUAAAACACACACACGAAAAAAAAGCAAAACAUUCUGUAACACAUUGUGCAUAUACGAUAGCACCAUGCAUAGACGAACAACAAAACAAAACAAAAACACCAUUUCAACACCCACACGCCAUCGUCUGCUGGGACAGGAACACACUCAACAAAGCAACCAAGAGAGCCAACUCCGUCCUAGGCUACCCACUAGACUGCGCUCUUAACUCCCAACAUUUGUAUCUUAAAUCAACGUCCUGCAUUUCAAAUUCAUUCAUUUCAUUCAUUUAAUUUGUGCUCGGGCCCUACAAAACAGCACAGUUUUUACAUGUAACAUGCCUUUUAAAAGGAAAAACAAACAUGUCGAGAAUAAAUAUUGUGUGAAAACAAUACAUUAGAAUGUACUGCUAACGACUACAGUAGUUUUUUUUGAAGUAAUGUAAUAACAAUGUACAGCAUUUACCUCGGAGAGUGAACUUCUAUGGUAUCUCCUUCGAGCUGCUUCUUCGUCAAACAUACCAUCAGCAGCUUCUUCAUAUUCUCAUGGAUAAAUGCCUGCCGUUGUAGCCCACAUUAGCCGGGAGACAGGGCUUCUCUCAAAACACUCUUAAGUUGAGGUAGUACCCUGUAUUUCAAAAAGCAGGAUUAACAUAAAGACACCAAUCAUCAUCACUGUAUGAAGCCUGACUUAUUAUUACAGUUUCUUUUCUUCGACCAAAUAUGCGAUUCAAGGGGAACACAAACCUGUUUCAGGUAUUAACGUGGGCUGUCUAUGCAAAAGCACACCGUAGGAAGGUAAGAGAUGAACCCGACAACAAGUAAGCACAAAGACUAGAGCUAUCACUUUAAGAUCAAACCUGGCACUGCAAACCAAAACGUCAAUUAUUGUAUCACUUAACGUUUCCGUCGCAGCAGUUCUUGGUUUGGAUAUUAAAAAUGACGUGGCCAAAUGUGUGUUCAGAAAGGGAAAUAAUACAUGUUUUGUUUUUUUAUCCAUCAUCUGGUCUGAAUGUUUUUAUGAGUGGAAACAUCAUUUUUAAUUAUAUUGUCUUCAACCCAUUAAAGCAAUAACUUCUAUUAUUGUACACAUAAAGGUCAUGCAUUUGAUUAGUCACCGUAUUUUACGGACUAUAAGCCGCACCCACUAAAUUUUAGAAGAAAAACAGAUGUUUUCAUAUAUUAGCUUCAUCGGACUAUUAGCUGGAGAUAUAUACAGUACUUUGUGAAAUGAGAUAAUUGCAUAGAAAGGUUUUGUAAAUAUUAGACAUACCUUAAUUGUUUCCUGUAACACGGCAGUAAAAUACUGAGCCCCUAAAGGGACAUGGGGGAA